AUGAAGACCACAAAAACUUUACCCAAACCAAGAGGACGCAUCGAACCAUCUCUCAAGACGUCACCUUCCCUGGACCAAACGAUCAGCUCCCCGAACAUACCUGCAGACUGCUUGCCGGUCAUCACCGUCAGAAAGGGUACGGAAAGUGCUGACAAAGACCGAUCUCCACUUGAAGGCCAUUCUACUUCAGAGUCUGGAUUGAAAGAUAAACAACAUGACAUAAAGGAAGAAUUCGGAAUAGACACACUGUUUAAUGUCAAAAACCAGAUUCUAUUGUCGGAUAUCUCGGGAGACAUGGCGCAACAGUCAUCAAGCCCUAUCAGGGAUAGUGUGAAGAGAUGUGCCAGGAUGUUUAUGAGGAAAGAUCACGGGAUAGAGGGAUCAAACAAGAAAAUGAAUAAAGGAAAAUGUGCCUGCCCUAAUUUAACUAAGAAAUCCAGAUCAAGUUCCCCCUUGGGUUAUGAUAUGGACGAUUCCUUGACGCGGCAAAUACGUGACAUACACAAUGACACGCGGAAGAGUGCGCGGAUCAUCCGAGAUUCACGGGCUCGAUUACUGGAAAUACAAAAGAAGUCAACACUUACCGAGGCUGACGUGAAGGAAUUAGGAGAGAGGAAUGAGCUACUGCUCCGUGAGAUGGAAAGAUUUGAUCGACUGACGAGAAGUGUGCAGAAGCUAGUUGGCGCUGAAGUGGUGCAAUUAAAAAAAAAAGAAGAUUGUCAGAACAAAGAGUACGUCCCUACGAGCAUUUAUGAAUCUCCUCUGCACCACGAAAUGAAAAUGAAUCAUCCCACAGUACUCCUGGCGGGCGGGUCUACCGCGGAGGCGCCAGGUCUUGUCGUAUGUGGCCCCUCUACACGCAGCAAAUCUGAAAUUGACCUGACACGCAAGCUGAGUGAAAGUUACGAUAUGCAAGAAAAAUUGGUAGCAGACAACGCAGAUCUCGAGGUCAAGAGGUAUAUAUUGUACAAGGAGUUGAUGACGAAAGACCAAAAUUUAGAGACAUGUCGGGCGCAGGUGAAAAGAUUGCAAGGUGAACUUAAAUUGAUGAAUAAAGAGAAUUGUUUACUGAACGAGAAACUGAGGAGAAAUAAUCCCGAGGGCGAUGCAGCUGAGAUGAACCAAGAAACCCCCAACAAACAAGAAAUUGAAGACUGUUCCGGCACUCAGAAAGAAACGACAGCUGUGAAGCAAACUCAGGGUUUAGUCGAGAAGUUAGAAAAUUACAAAUUGUCUACAUUAGAACUGGAGAGACAGCUGGGUGGUUUGGAAUUGGAAGUGCGGCAUAUUAAAACCGAAAUGGAUGCUGUAAAAGGAGCUGCCGGCAGCUCGUGCCGUGGUGGUGGGGGACAGAACACCUGUUUCGAGCAACCGUCUGGCGGUCCCCCCGUACCUCCAAUGAGCAGAGCUUGCGGCGUCUGUCCCCCCUGCCCGGCCCCUUGCAACCCCAAUGCACCACCGACACCAGCGGAAAAAGAAGUGCAAAAGUUAACGAUUCAGCUGCGUCAGACGGAGGAGGACUUCAAAACUAAAGUUACGGAGUGUGCAAUGCUACGAGCCGACCUGUUAAGGAAGAAAGAAGAAUUGGAGAAAGAACGCUGUCAACAUCGCGAGGCUCAGAAUAAAUUAAGGGAAUUAGAAAUGAAGUUCGAAGGCCUGGCUACACAUACAAAUAUGUUAAUGGGGACAAAGGAACAGGCAUUUGAGCAAGAGGUCAAUGUGAGGUCAUUGAAGCAGUGCUACAGGGAGGCAAAAGAAGAAAUCGAGGAGUUGAGGAUUUUAAUGAAAGAACAGAAUGAACAACUACAGGAUUAUAGGAUCAAGUACAUGCAAGCACAACAGCUGGUAGAAGAACAACGUCGUCAAAUGGAUAUGAUGGACAUGGACAAUACACGUAUAAGCGAACAAAUAAAUCUGGAAAUACAACGAGUCAAAUUGAAGUUCCAAGAGAAACUACAGGAGUUGGCGCCAAUUCCAGACCUUCUUAAAGCUACACAAUUGAGAUUAAAAGACGCUCAACAGGCCCAGGCUAUCGCCGAGCAUAAUGCUGAGCAGUUGGCUAGAGAACUAAAUUGUGCAAGGGAAAAGGUCCAUGUUCUGCUUCAUAAUAGUAUGAAACCUCCAGAGAAGCCACCGGAGAGAACAGGCGAUGAAAAGCAGUUAGCAUUGUUACAGCAAAGGAUUUCUCAAUUGACAGAAACAAAUAUAACACUCAAGAGUGAGAUAGAAAGGCUUAAAUCCAACGUAAUACGUAUGGAAGAAUCAGUGUUGGCGAAUGAAAAGCGACUGCAGGAGAAGAUGCAUGAGUGUGCUCAACUUGGAGGAGAACUGGACCGCGCCAGGGAUGAAGCAUCGAGAGCACUGCAAAGGUCCAACGAACGUACUGAUACCAUGCGCAAAUGUAUGCAAACAACUAUAGCAGAAUUAGAACGACAACUCGCUGUCAGUCGGGCUCAAGUAAAAAUUGCAGAGAAAGAGCGUGAAGAAAUUCAAUGUCGCAUGCAGUGCCAGAUACAACGACUCAAUGAGAACUUUGAGCAGGCGCAGCUGCGUGUCUUUGGUCUUCAGACGCAGGUCCAGUCUUUAAGACGGACAGUAUCCAGCACCGGCGAGGGUGAUGGCGAUACUGACCCACAGGAAUGCGCUUGCAAGACUUUUUUCGAUGAUGAUUGAUUCAAUCAGUGUGAACCCUAGAUUUUAUAAUAACACGUUUAUAUUUUACUUUACUUAUACUAUAAUUAUAUAUCAACCUUCUACUAGUUAAUAUUGGCAGUUAGGUCGUGGUGAUUAUGAUUUAUUACAUUAACAUCAAAUAUUUCAGAAUCAGCUUUACGUUUGGACUCUUGUAAUGUUUUAUACUCAGCAUGUGAUCUUGUGAUUACAUUUUGAUGUGAUAUUAUAAUGCAGUUUAAAGUUACGAGUGCGUUGUUUAUAUUCAAUAUUGCUUCGAUAUUAGUAGUUAUAGUGAUGAAGAUCGA